GACUACCUACAAAAUUCAAUAAUAGUAGUCUCUGGUCUCCUCUCUCUCUCUCCCUCCCCUAAAUUCUUUGAAUCCCACAAAUUUCUUAACCUGCGCACCCUCGACUCGCAAACGCCCUUCUGCUUCAUUCUUCUCUGGAUUUCUAAGGUUUUGUUUUUGUUUUAAUCAUUUGUCAGAAAGUGCGGUAGAAAAGGCGGGUCAUUGGUGUAUUCCAGAGUAAUGACUUGUUUCUCUUUUUUAUGCGGUAGGAGGGACAAAUCAGAAAAACUGUCUACUCAAUUCGAUGCAGAGCUUCAAGGUGUCAACAAUGUUAAUCUCUACACAUAUAAAGAGCUGAGAACUGCCACCGAUGAUUUUAGUCAUGCCAAUAAAAUUGGGGAGGGUGGUUUUGGUUCUGUUUAUAAGGGACGGCUUAAAAAUGGGAAUAUAGCUGCUAUAAAGGUUCUUUCACCUGAAUCAAGACAAGGAGUAAAGGAGUUCUUGACAGAGAUUAAAGUGAUUUCAGAUAUAGAGCAUGAAAACUUAGUCAAGCUCUAUGGCUGUUGUGUGGAAGGAGAUCAUAGAAUUCUGGUCUACAACUACCUUGAGAAUAACAGCCUUGCGCAAACACUUAUUGGUGGAAGUUACAGUAGCAUCCAGUUUAGUUGGCGAACACGAACUAGAAUUUGUGUUGGGAUUGCACGGGGACUUGCCUUUCUUCAUGAGAGUGUGCGACCACAUAUCGUUCAUCGAGAUAUCAAAGCUAGCAAUAUUCUCCUCGACAAAGACUUGACACCCAAAAUUUCAGAUUUUGGUCUAGCAAAACUUAUCCCAGCCAACAUGACUCAUGUCAGUACCCGUGUGGCAGGAACGAUAGGUUAUUUGGCACCAGAGUACGCAAUAAGAGGGCAGUUGACACGUAAAGCAGAUAUAUACAGUUUUGGCGUUCUCCUUGUGGAAAUAGUUACUGGGAGAUGCAACACAAAUACACGAUUACCUGUUGAAGAACAGUAUCUUCUUGAAAGGACAUGGGAUCUUUUUGAGAGAAGGGAGCUCGUGGGGUUGGUAGACACGGCAUUAAAUGGGGAUUUUGAUGCUGAAGAAGCUUGCAGAUUCUUAAAGAUCGGUCUUCUUUGCACCCAAGACACUCCAAAGCUCCGGCCAUCCAUGUCAACUGUGGUCAAGAUGUUAAUCGGUGAGGUUGACAUUAAUGAAAAUGAGAUUACAAAGCCAGCCCUAAUCACUGAUUUCAUGGACCUCAAAGUUAAAAGCGCCCGGAAAGCUACGCCCGAUAUGAACAACAUAAACUACAAUUUUGCUUCUAGCUCGGGCAACCUUGAGAAUUUGACCAUGUCAUCUGGAACCUCAUCUUGUGCAACCAUGACCUUUACUGCGAUAUGUGAUCGGAGCAUUUAAAUUUUUUUCUCUACAUCAUCUGAGAGAGAGCGAGAGAGAGUGUGAUUUGUUGAUUUAAUUUUCAUUCAUGUAAUUUUUGGGUUUAUGAGGGUUGUUAUUGUUAGCUUGUGCAAAUGUAUGAUAUUUUCCCUCCAUAGGUAAACCAUAGCCAGGGAAACUUCACAAACUGUAUAAUUUUGUUGUUUUUUUAGGCUAGUGUUUGAUCGGAGGUACUCUUGUAAAUGAGCAUAGUUUGUGAAAAAUAAGUCUCUCACGGAUUUGAAAA